AUGUCCCUUGAUUUAGACUCAGUUAGACAGGCUCGUUCUACUUCUCCCGAAGCAGAAAGCCAAGCUCGACCAAGGCGUGACAAGGGAACAGUUGGAACCAACAGUUCUGUGACUACUCGCGAUUGCUCCUUUGUGCCCAAAUACACCAAACUGGACUUCCCUCGCUAUAACGGCACGAAAGAUCCUCUUGGGUGGAUUAGCAGGUGUCAACACUUCUUCAAGCAUCAGUCCACUCCUGAUGAUGAACAAGUGGGACUGGCUUCUUACCACCUUGAAGGAAUUGCCCAAUUGUGGUACUUACAGUUAAUCCAGGAUGUUCCAAAUCCUACUUGGGCUGAGUUUGUUGACCAAUGUAAUCUUCGUUUUGGACCCCCUAUUCGCAGCAACAAGUUAGGGGAGCUUGCCAAAUUGAAGCAGACAGGAACGGUGGAGGAUUAUCAAACUAAAUUUGAGAUUUUGAUUUCGAGGGCUGGUACCUUAGAUUCCAAUCAGAAAGUUCAGCUAUAUAUUAGUGGAUUACAGAAAUACAUAGCAGUGGAAGUCGAGCUACACCAGCCAAAAGACUUAGCCACCGCCAUGAGUAUGUCACGCCUGUAUGAACGCAAGCUCUACUCCAAGAGUGUUGGCCAACGCGAGGUCAGACGUCCCGCUCCCUUUUCAGAACACCGCCCUGGCCGUACCAUCAAACGACUCACCCCAGACGAAAUGGAUGAGAGACGGAAGAAAGGACUGUGCUUUAACUGUGAUGAGCCGUUUGUAUGCGGACAUCAAUGCAAACGCCUAUUUUUGAUUGAUCUGGAUGACGGCAGUAAGUCUGAUGCGGAGUCCGAUUCCGAUUCUCCACCAGAAAUCUCUCUCCAUGCCAUUACUGGAACUCGCAAUUCCCAGUCUAUGCGACUUCUAGGUUGUUGGCACGGUAGGCAAGUACUGAUCUUGGUUGAUUCGGGAAGCACCCAUAGUUUUGUCUCGGAUUCUGUGGUGGCCAAUUUGCAGGUUACAGUGGAUGCGAAGGAUGGGUUACGGGUGAAAGUUGCGAACGGUGAACAACUUCACAGUCCUGGUCUUUGCAAAGGCGCACCGAUUGAAUUGGGAAACUCUGUUUUCACGGUGGAUUUAUUUGUGUUACAGCUCACUGGUUUUGACUUGGUGGCUUUUACGGGUAUAGACAGCAAAUCAGAAACAAAUUCAUCCCUCAAUUCCCUUUCACCAUCUGCUGCUCGCGAUCAUCAUCUGCACCAAUUAUUAGCUGAAUUUGCUGCAAUCUUUGAAGCUUCCACAGGUCUCCCACCUGCUCGCCACUGUGACCAUAGGAUUCCUCUAGCUCCAAAUACCAAACCCGUAGUGGUUCAUCCUUACCGAUACCCACACAACCAAAAAGAUGAGAUCGAGCGACAGUGUACUGCUAUGCUGGAUCAAGGGAUUAUUCGUCCCAGCCGAUCACCUUUUUCUUCUCCGGUACUUCUGGUUCCUAAAGCUGACAAAACUUGGCGCCUCUGCGUGGAUUACAGGGAACUUAACGCAAGAACUAUCAAAUACAAAUUUUCAAUUCCUAUGAUUGAAGAGCUUCUGGAUGAAUUGGGAGGGGCAAAGUAUUUCACCAAAUUGGAUUUGGUUUCUGGGUACUUCCAAGUUGGCAUGCAUCCACCAGAUAUUGAGAAGACCGCAUUCAGAACUCACCAUGGCCAUUUUGAAUUUUUGGUCAUGCCAUUCGGGCUAUCAAAUGCUCCUUCCACAUUCCAGACUUUAAUGAAUGAGGUAUUUCAUGCCCACUUGCGCAAAUUUGUUUUAGUCUUCUUUGACGACAUUCUGGUUUUCAGUAAAUCUUGGGAUGACCAUAUGCAACAUCUGUGA